AUGGAGGAUAGUAACGAUUUGUCCGCAGGGGCCUUGCACGCUGGACAUACUUCAGAAACAGAAUUUGGAAACCCCUGCACCCUCAAGUCGUCUAACUCUUCAGGAGUAUGCAAACUACUAAAGGAGUGUGAGGCAGUUCAAGACGAAGUAAAGUCUGGUCACAAUGCGCCCCAAACUUGCGGCAACCAAGGAAUCCAAUCCGUGGUUUGUUGUCCAAACUCUCGUCGACCAGAAGAUAUCACCGAAAGAAAAUGUAGAGAAUAUUCUUCGUAUAUACAAGAGAAACAAUUAUGUGGACAUAAAAUUGUCCAGGUGAUUGUUGGAGGACAACGACCUGUUGAGCGAAAAGAAUUUCCGCAUGUGGCAGUCUUAGGAUAUCAGAACGAAGAUUCUGGGAAUCUUACGUGGUUAUGUGGAGGAUCACUUAUCAGUGAAGAAUAUAUUUUGACAGCUGCACAUUGUAUCCUUCCAGGUGGCUAUCCUGAACCAAAAUCAGUGUUGUGUUAUAAAACGAGCACUGGUAGAGUGUGCACUGCACGAGUGUGA